UUCAAACUAGUAAACAUUAUGAGGUUGAGGAUGUAAAGAUGUGUUUGACUCGUAUAACGGAGGAGAGAAUUAGGCGAAAAGAACUUGAAAAACAAGAACGGCGAGAAGAACUUGAAAGACAACUUGAAAGACAAGAACGGCGAGAAGAACUUGAAAGACAAGAACGGCGAGAAGAACUUGAAAGACAAAAACGGCGAGAAGAACUUGAAAGACAAGAACGGCGAAAAGAACUUGAACGGCAACAUCAAUUGGAAUUGCGUAAACUCGAAUUAGAAGCAAAUUCUCAAAUUCAGCCCCAAAACAAACCUUGGCAGAAAACUUGGCAGAAAAAUAAUGUUAAAGAAAAUGUUCGCGAAAGAGAAUUUGAAAGAAGAAGACAGCUUAGAUGCUAUGAAUGUGGUUCUUAUGAUCAUUUACGCCCUCAAUGUCCCAAGGCGAAAACAAAUUCUGAAACUGUGGUUUCGCUUCACGUUUCGGAAUCAAGGUGUCCUGAUAUAAUGACACCAUAUACGAGCAUUGGCGUGGUAAAUGGCGUUGGCAUUUCAAUACUACGAGACACUGGCGCAACCUUGGAUUUAAUUCCUAGGAGAUUUGUAAAACCUGAAAUGUACACGGGUGAAUCUGUUUGGAUAAAAACUCCAAUACAGGAAGAAUCAUUUUGUUUUCCAUUAGCCGUAGUUGAAUUAAACUGUAAGUUAGGAAAAGUGGUUACUAAGGCAGCUGUAUUAGGUGAUUCUCUUGAUCAAGGGUAUUAUUUAUUGGGUAACAAAACGGCUGCUCUAUUGGAAAAUUCGUUUGAAGUCCCAAUGAUAAGUGCUGUAAUGACUCGAAAACAAGAAAAUAUGAAUGAAAGGAGGGAAGUAGAAAAUAAAGAUAAUGUACAGCUCGGUGUAGUCGAUUCCAAUGAACACAUCGUUACUUAUGAUCAAACGGCGAAAAACGAUGACUUACUCACUGAAAAGAUUCGUGACUCCAAUUUUACUGUUUAUUUUUCUGUUUAUUUUACUGUUUAUUUUCCUUUACUGUUUUAUUUUCCUAUAUAUCGAUAAACAAAACAGUUUUAUGUCAACCUAUAUAGAUCAGUUUUGACAAAAUUUUAUGUAUGUUUUUUUGCCAUUUCCUACUUUUGCAAAGAAAACUCUGUGGAAGGGAGGAGUUAGACUGUAACGUAACAGUGUGUGACAACUGAGCUAAAAGCAUCAAUUCCUCGAGAAGUAAUGCUAAAAUGAUGUUGCUUGACAGACACACACGAGAAGUGAUGUUCUUUUUUUGUUGUUGAGAAAGAGAGUUUUUUUCUGAGAAGAGAUAUUUCGUUUGGGUAAUAUUUUGUGAUUUUUCGUGUGAAUGUUUAAAUAAAUUGUUUGGUACAACUCACGUCUUAUUUCUGGUUGUUGUGACACAACA